CACUUUCCAUCGUAAUUCUUCCGUCCUGAGCCAAAACGGCCCAUAUCUGAGAAAGCCCCGCUAUAAACUAAAUAGAUCGAGUUCCAAGCUUGCUCUUGCUCUUGCUAGCUACCUAUCUACCUACCCUAGCUCGGAGACUCCAUUUCUCUCUAUUGGGAUAACAGUGUCUCGGUCAAAACAGCUCGGCUCAGUUAUUUGGGCCUUGCUUUGCCUUGCAUUGUCGUACUAUUUUCCCGCCAAAUAUACCAGAACCACGCGUAGCAAUUGGGAAUCCAGUCAUCAACAUGGCCGACAUAGCAGAGCAAUCCUCCAACACCUUGCUCUCAGGCCCUGGUGCAGGGCUGCCAAAUGACGGGACUGGUGUCACAAAGCUUGACCCUUACCUAUCACCCUUCCAAGAUGCACUGAAGAGGAGAUAUGCAAAAGCUCAAGAAUGGAUUAAGAAACUCGCCGAGCUGGAAGGGGGUGUUGAGAAGUUCUCAAGGGGUGCUGAGACAUUCGGCUUCAAUGUGGACAAGGACAACAACAUUAUCUAUCGUGAAUGGGCGCCGAAUGUCAUAGAGGCCUCUCUCGUUGGAGAUUUCAAUGACUGGAAUAUCAAAGCCCAUCCCAUGAAGAAGAGCGAGUUUGGUGUCUGGGAGAUAACAUUACCCGCGAUAGAUGGGCAACCUGCCAUUCCUCAUAACUCAAAGAUCAAGAUCUCUAUGGAGACCAAAGCAGGUGUUCGGAUCGAUCGACUACCUGCCUGGAUCAAAUACGUCACCCAGGAUUUGAAAGUAUCACCCGCCUAUGAUGCCCGGUUUUGGAAUCCUCCCGAGAACGAGAGGUAUACUUUUAAGCACCCAAGACCGAAGAAGCCCCUGAGUGCUCGCGUGUACGAAGCUCAUGUCGGUAUUUCGUCCCCUGAGUUGCGAGUCACGACAUUCAAGGAGUUCACCAAGGAUAUGCUACCACGGAUAAAAAGCUUGGGCUACAAUGUAAUUCAGCUUAUGGCUAUCAUGGAGCACGCAUACUACGCCAGUUUCGGAUAUCAAGUGAACAACUUCUUCGCCGCCAGCAGCCGUUAUGGCACACCCGAAGAUCUCAAGGAACUAAUUGACACCGCACAUAGCAUGGGGCUUGUUGUUCUGCUGGACGUUGUACACAGCCACGCGUCUAAAAACGUGCUCGACGGCCUCAAUGAAUUUGACGGUACAGAUAACCUGUACUUCCACGAGGGCGGUAGAGGUCGACACGAUCAGUGGGACAGCAGAUUGUUCAACUAUGGGAGCUAUGAAGUCAUGAGAUUCCUCCUCAGUAACCUAAGGUUCUGGAUGGAUGAAUAUCAUUUCGAUGGCUUCCGUUUCGAUGGUGUAACGAGUAUGCUCUACCAUCAUCAUGGAAUUGGGGCGGGAUUUUCCGGGGGUUACCACGAGUACUUCGGUCCUGAAGUUGAUGAAGAAGCGGUAGUGUACUUGAUGGUCGCAAACGAAAUGCUACAUGACCUGUACCCUGAAUGUAUUACGAUAGCAGAGGACGUUUCUGGCAUGCCUGCUCUCUGCCUACCCCUAUCCCUCGGUGGUGUUGGCUUCGACUACAGAUUAGCCAUGGCUAUUCCCGACAUGUGGAUUAAGAUUUUGAAAGAAAAAAAGGACGAAGAGUGGGACAUGGCAAGCAUCUGCUGGAUCCUUACUAACAGGCGGCAUGGAGAGAAGACAAUUGCCUACUGCGAAAGUCACGAUCAAGCACUCGUGGGAGAUAAGUCAUUGAUGAUGCAUCUCUGCGAUGCAGAAAUGUAUACUCAUAUGUCGGUCCUCUCGGAACUGACACCCGUCAUCGCACGUGGCAUGGCAUUGCACAAGAUGAUUCGUCUGCUCACGCACGGUCUGGGCGGCGAGGGCUAUCUUAACUUCGAGGGUAACGAAUUCGGCCAUCCGGAGUGGCUAGACUUCCCGCGCGAGGGGAACAAUAACUCCUUCUGGUACGCACGACGUCAGCUGAAUCUCACAGGGGACAACCUCCUGCGAUAUAAGGACCUCAGCGAGUUCGACCGGCAAAUGAACUUAACAGAGGACCAAUAUGGUUGGCUACACGCUCCGCAGGCAUACAUAAGCCUCAAGAACGAGAGCGACAAGGUCAUCGUGUUUGAGCGUGCCGGCUGCGUCUUCAUCUUCAACUUCCACCCAUUUCAGAGCUUCUCGGAUUACCGUAUCGGGAUUGAGACGCCCGGCACAUACAAGAUCGUGCUCAAUACUGAUGCCAAGGAAGCGGGUGGGUUCGGGCACGUCGAGCCCUCUACGAGGUUCUUCACUACGCCUAUGGAGUGGAAUGGCAGGAAGAACUGGACGCAUAUAUACAUUCCUUCACGGACUGCUUUGGUCUUGGCUCUCGAGUCUCCUGUUUCGCAGAAUGUGUAGUUUCUUGGAAGGAUAAUAUCACAAAAUACGAAUAUGGCGGACUGUUGCGCGAAAAUUAUUAGUCGUUGUUUCUUUUAUUUAACUGGACUCUCUCGAUUCCGUUAAGCAUAUGCUAAGCGAGCUAGAAUAACACAAAGUAGUCAUGCUAUCAAUCUUUGAAGAUCAUCCGUGGAAUAAAUGUC